GUUGUGUAUUUUUUGUGUUUUUGUUUUUAGCAUUUGAACUAAAUUUAAAUAAAUUAACUGAAACAUGACUGAGGUUGAGCAACCGCCACAGAAUGGCAUAGAUCCAACCGCGGGCGAGGAUGACGAGAACAGUAAAGCGCGUCCCGCGGAUAUUGAACAGGACAUGCGGGAGAUGGAGCGACGCAAACGCGUAGAGGCCAUCAUGGGCUCCAAACUGUUUCGCGAGGAACUGGAACGCAUUGUCGACUCGGCACGUGAGGGCAGCGCCGGCGCCAGUGGCAUAUUGCAGCAGUUGUCGGAUAUUGUGGGAGUGCCAGUGAAUCGUGUGAGCAACGUUUUCAAGAGCGGCAGCUGCAUGGUGCCCAUCAAUGAUAUACGUGGCGUGGAGUCGAUGGGAUAUGCCAAGGGUGAGAAGAUACUCAGAUGCAAACUAGCUGCCACAUUCCGGCUGCUGGAUCUGUACGGCUGGACCCAGGGUCUGGGUGCACAGAUUACGGCACGCCUAAAGGUCGAUCAGGAGUACUUCCUGGUCAAUCCCUAUGGCCUGUUGUACAAUGAGAUAACUGCCUCGGCCCUCAACAAAGUCGAUAUGCAGGGCCAAAUCGUCGAGCAGGGCACAACCAAUUUUGGCGUGAACAAGAGCCACUUUGUCUUGCAUUCGGUGGUGCAUGCAGCGCGUCCAGAUAUCCGUUGCGCCAUCUAUAUUGGCUGCAGUCCCGUUGUGGCAAUCUCUUCGCUAAAGACGGGCCUGUUGCCCCUCACCAAGGAUGCCUGCGUGUUGGGCGAGAUUAGCACACACGCCUACACCGGUCUGCUUGACGCGGAGGAGCGCGAUCGCCUGGUGCGCAGUCUGGGGCCCAACUCCAAGGUCAUGCUGUUGACCAACCAUGGCGCCCUCUGCUGUGGCGAGACCAUUGAGGAGGCUUUCUUUGCCGCCUGUCACAUUGUGCAGGCGUGCGAGACGCAGCUAAAGCUGCUUCCGGCUGGCCUGGACAACCUUGUGCUAAUACCUGAGGAAUCGCGCAAGUUGAUCUAUGAUCAGUCACGCCGUCCACCAGAGGACUUGGAGAAGAAAUUUGCUGCCAUCACAACUGAAGAGGACGGUGCUGCCGGUGCCGGCAAAGAGGAGGCUGCCGCGCCCAAGAUUGGCAGCCCACCCAAGUGGCGUGUGGGUGGCGCCGAGUUUGAAGCACUUAUGCGCAUGCUGGACAAUGCUGGUUUUCGCACUGGCUAUAUCUACCGUCAUCCACUGAUCAAAUCAGAUCCGCCAAAGCCGAAGAACGACGUUGAACUGCCACCAGCUGUGUCUUCAUUGGGCUACCUGCUGGAGGAGGAGGAGCUCUUCCGACAGGGUAUCUGGAAGAAGGGAGAUCUGCGCAAGGGCGGCGACCGUAGCCGCUGGCUGAAUUCGCCCAACGUUUACCAGAAGGUCGAGGUACUCGAGACUGGCACUCCAGAUCCCAAGAAAAUCACAAAGUGGGUAGCCGAAGGUUCGCCCACCCACUCGACGCCGGUGCGCAUCGAGGAUCCAUUGCAAUUUGUGCCAGCCGGAACAACAACCAAGGAGUUCAAGCGAGUGCAACAGCAAAUUAAGGACAAUCGACGCGCAGACAAAAUUUCUGCCGGCCCACAGUCGCACAUAUUGGAGGGCGUUACCUGGGAUGAGGCGAAUCGCAUCAAAGAUGCAACCGUCUCGCAAACUGGUGAUCAUGUUGUACUGAUGGGUGCCGCCUCCAAGGGCAUCAUACAGCGAGGAUUCCAACAUAAUGCGACAGUCUAUAAGGCGCCCUAUGCCAAGAACCCCUUCGAUAAUGUAACAGACGAUGAGCUCAACGAAUACAAACGCACCGUUGAACGUAAAAAGAAGAGCAUUCAUGGGGAAUACACCGAUACAGACUUUUCGGAAUCAGAGGCACUCAACUCGAUGCAAGCAGCGGGUGCACACGCACAUGCAAAACACGCACAGAGCGAACCAGAAACGGAGCACCAAGUCAUACAGAUUCAAACACAGCAGGCGCCCAUUCCCAGCCAGGCUGAGGUUGUGCUAAGUGAUGCCAUGUGCUCAUAUCUGGCCAAGAAAUACUCUUUUCUUUACACUGGCGCCAGCUUCUCGCGCUUUGAUUGCGUUCAGGUGAAUGUUUUACAUAAGAUCGAUGCAGCAUAUAAACACAAUUAUCCACUGCUCAACAAUGGCAACAGCAGCAGCAGCAGCAGCAACAUGAACAACACAAUGGACAGUUUUGCUGCUGCCCAUCCGCAUGCUAGCAGCACACCUAUCCGAGCGCCCAGAUAUCAACAGCAACAGCAACAACAACAACAGCAGUCUGUUGGCAAUAGUAUGAUGAAUCCGCCAGCUGCACCAUUUCGCACCUGUUCGCAUUACGGCUUCAACUAUCCCCUAGCGAAUACGCCCAGCAUUUUGCUGCAUCCGGCGAAUCAAAGCAUUUGGCAAACGGUGGCUGAGCAGCGCGAGAGAGUUGUCUCCUUUAUUGACCUGACCAGUCUGAGCUUUGCCAAGCGCAAGAUGCUCAAUGUUUUGAGUGCCAGUGCGGGCAAGCGUCUAGCAGCUGAGGCGGAGACUGAGCCAGAGACGGAACCAGAACCGGAACUGGAACCUGAGGCAGAGGGUGAGGCUGGCAUAUCGGCGCCUUCGUAUGUCUCUGAAAUGCAGAUACAAUUGAUGGCAUCGUCGCCAUCGUCACCUGCGCCAGCUCCAAGCGCAAACGACUCGCUGGAGGAGCUGACGGCGCAGUUUAGUUCCAUGCUGAGUCUACGUAAGACUCAUAACAGUCCUCAGCAGCAGCAGCAGCAGCAGCAGGACAGGGAUGACGAUAGUCUGUAUCCAAGCAAUUAUACCGUGCGCAGCUUCCUGCCGGACAAUCAUGCGCUGCCCAAAGAUGGCGCCGCAACGGCUGACAAGCCGGAGGCGGAGCAAGCGAUUUACCUGAACGGAGUGGACAGUGGCUUGGGUGACAGCCACAUUAACAGCAACAACCACAAUCACAAUGGCAACCAUAACAGUAGCAGCAGCAAUGGCAGACGGGUGCGCCGCGGCACCACCAGCAACGAUUCAUCCAUCCAGGAGGCCGAGGCGUACAGUCAGGGCAAGCAUAUUAGGCUAACGUUGAGCAGCUCGCCAGAGGCACAAUCCCAGCUGAAGUCGUCCUCGAUUGAGAUCGUGAUCAAUGUGUCGCUGCGUGACACGGAAUGCGUGCAGACGGUGCAGGCGCACGAGCACGAGUUUCGCACGAAGCUAGAGAAGGUGAUCGACGAUGAGAUUCACUACAUAUCACAGCAGCUGGCGAUGCAGCAGCGUCACACUCAUCUGGAGCAGCAGCCGCGUGCUGCACUGGCCACGCCCACACCAUCCACAGCAAUGGCUCAGGUGCAGCGCUGCAACUCGGCGCCGGCACUGUGUCACACCUACAGCUAUGUGGCCUUGGGAGAUUCCGAUUCGUCGGCGCCACGAGCGUCGCCCAUGCCAUCGAGCAGCAAUGGGCACAGCUGCCCCGAGGCGGACGCACUGCAGCGUCUGCUCAGCACACUGGAGCUUGAGUUGCAGCAUCUGUUGAACAGCAUAAUACGGGCUCAUGAGCUGCACAAUCGAGCCGUGAUCUAUGAUUGCCGCACACGCAUUUCGCAGAUGCGUGACGAUAUAAAGGGCGUGGUCAAGAGAACCAGAGCCAAGUAGCCA